ACAGAGACAGAGAGACAAAAACAAGGAUAGAGACACGUGGCCACAGAGAGACACAGAGACAGACACAGAGAGACGGAGAGACAGAAACAAGGAUAGAGAGAGAGACACGUGGCCACAGAGAGACAGCUCCACUGAGUAUCGACAGAGAUUCGGCAAACACUACAAGUGAGAUGGAUUCACGAAUCACGUUUCCGACCAUCAAACAAGAGCGCGAAGAACAUCCGUGUCCUGCUGCAGAUGGCAACGUUCCUGAGGUUGACGAAGCUGCCGGGCGACCGGGGAAGGAGGUGGAAGAAGCCCGCGGCUGCGUGACCGCGACGAAGAAGAAGCUGGUCAAGGUGGAGGUGUGGUCGGAAGACGUUCAGAAAUUCAUCGUCGUCAAGUUGCUGGAGGAGGACAUUGGUCAAGCUCCGGACCGAAACACCGCUCCGGUUGAUGGAGGCAGCGAGAGGCCCGAGGAGACGGGGAACUCCCGUGGACGUGUUGACGCCCCAGACCAGAACUUUAUCGAGGUGGAGUUGUCGGAGGACGAUGUCGGCGAAGCUCCGGAUCCGAAUGACGUUCGCAUCGAAGAAGCCACCGAGAAGCCGGAGGAGGUGGAGGAUUCCCGUCGGUACGCGGACACUCCGGACCAGAACUUCAUCGAGGUGGAGCUGUCCGAGGAGGACACGGGUGAAGCCGACGACGACGAUUGCGGCGGCGACGUCGGCGACGACGACGUCGGCGACGACGACGACGCUGCAAAAGAAUCGGAACCGCCGUGCGACGAGUGCGGGAAGGGCGGAGCCUUCGAAGUGAUGAAGACGGACGAAGCGCAGCGCGGUGGCAAGACGCGGGGAACCUGCAAGCGGUGCGGGAAGGUGGCGGAAGGCGCCGCGCCGUGCGCGGUGGCGGUCGCCGCCGACGAGAGGAAGCUCGCUUGCAAGGAGUGCGGCAAGGAGUUUACGACGCAUCGCGACUUGAACACGAACUCCAUCUCGCAUACGGGGGAGUAUGUGCACACGUGCGAGGAGUGCGAGAAGGGGCUCUCGAAGACUCCUGCGGAGGCGGCGGCGGCGGCGGCGGCAGUGGCGCCGCCGACGAAGAAGAAGCGCUGCCGGGCGCGCGCCGGCGAGAGGCCGCACACGUGCGCCGAGUGCGGCAAGAGCUUCUCGCGGCAGUCCAACCUGGAGCUGCACUCGAGGACGCAUGCGGCCAGGAAGUCGCACGAGUGCACCGAGUGCGGCAAGACGUUCACGCGCCGCUUCAGCCUGCAGAUACACGCGAGGACGCACACGGGCGAGAGGCCGCACGUGUGCGUCGAGUGCGGCAAGGGCUUCGCGGCAAGGGCUGACUUGAACAAGCACGGCAAGACGCACGCCGUUCGGAAGACGCACGCGUGCGCGGAGUGUGGGAAGACGUUCACGAAGCUCUCCAACUUGGAGGCCCACUCCAGGGUGCACAGUCGGGAGAACCUGCACACGUGCCUGGAGUGCGGGAAGAGCUUCUCAAAGCGCUCCACCCUGAACACGCACUCGAGGACGCACACGGGCGAAAGGCCGCACGUGUGCAAGGAGUGCGGCAAGGCGUUCUCGCAGCGCUCCAACCUGGACACUCACUCCCGGACGCACACGGGCGAGAAGCCGCACGUGUGCAUGGAGUGCGGGAAACGAUUCACGCGCCACUCCAGCUUGGAGAUACACUCCCGGACGCACACCGGCGAGAGGCCGCACGUGUGCCUGCAGUGCGGGAAGGGGUUCACGGCCCAGGCCGACUUGAACAAGCACUGCAAGACGCACACGGGCGAGAAGCCGCACGUGUGCGAGGAGUGCGGCAAGAGGUUUUCCAAGCGCUCCAAUUUAGAGGCCCAUUACAGAACCCACACGGGCGAGAAGCCGCACAUCUGCAAGGAGUGCGGGGAGAGGUUUUCGAAGCGCUCCACCUUGGAGAAACACUCGAGGACGCACACGGGCGAGAGGCCGUACAUGUGCGAGGAGUGCGGCAAGAGGUUCACGCAGCGCUACAACCUGGAGAUGCACUCCAGGACGCACACGGGCGAGAAGCCGCACGUGUGCGAGGAGUGCGGCAAGGGGUUCUCGCAGCGCUCCACCCUGGACAAGCACUCCAUCACGCACACGGGAGAGAGGCCGUACAUGUGCAAGGACUGCGGGAAGAGGUUCACAACGCGGACUUAUUUAAACAAGCAUUUUAGGACGCACUCCCAUGAGAAGGUGCACAUCUCUUGUCCCGCAUCUCGUCGUCUUGUCCCGCAUCUCAUCGUCUUGUCCCGCAUCUUGUCGCCCUGUUGCGUGGUCGCUGCCGCUGCUGCGUUGGGAGGCGACGCGCAGAGGUUGGGUGGUGAAAUUCACUCAAGACGCCGACAUUCACUCUGUGUGUCUCUCAUACCGUGUUCACGAGAGAUGACUUCUCAAUUUCAAUUGCCGCUCGUCAAACAAGAGUGCGACGACUCACGCGCCGGGACGUGGCCGCGCGUGGAGGUGAAACGUGAAGAGGACGAAGCUGAUGAUGAUGAUGCUGAUGAUGAUGAUGUUAACGCCGUUCGGGAUCAGGGGAUUGUUAAGGCCGAGGGAGUGAUUGAAAGGCCGGAGGAGAGACCACUGUGUCUGAGCUCUCAAGGCCACAGCUUCACUGACACGGAACCACCAGAGGAGGACGCCGGUCGAGGCGAAGGAAUGGGGGCAGACGAGGCCGAGCGGGCGGGGCGGCCCCUGCGAGGCUGCGUGCGGCACGGAAAGAAGCCGGGAGGCCCCGCGUCGCGCGGCCGCAGGGGUGCGCCCGCCGACGAGAAGCCGCGCUCGGCCGCAGCGUAUGGAGGGCAGGAUGCCACUGCAGCCGCGGCCGCCGCGGCCGCGGGCAAGUCGGGAGGGCCGGAAGGGACGAGGCGUGCCGGCGAGAAGCUGCACGCGUGCGGGCAGUGCGGCAAGGGCUUCACGCGGCGCUGCAAUCUCGAGACGCACCUGAGGACGCACACCGGCGAGAACCCGCACCCGUGCCCGGAGUGCGGCAAGGGGUUCACGGCGCGCGCUGAACUGACGAAGCACUCGCGGACGCACACGGGCGAGAGGCCGCACGCGUGCGGGGAGUGCGGCCGGGGGUUCUCGAAGCGCUGCAAUUUAGAGACGCACUCGCGGACGCACACGGGCGAGAGGCCGCACGCGUGCGCCGAGUGCGGCCGGGGGUUCUCGAAGCGCUCCACCUUGGAGGCCCACUCGAGGACGCACACGGGCGAGAGGCCGUACAUGUGCGACCGGUGCGGCAGGAGGUUCACGCAGCGCUACAACCUGGAGACGCACUCGAGGACGCACACGGGCGAGAAGCCGCACGUGUGCGACGAGUGCGGCAAGGGCUUCUCGCAGCGCUCCACCCUAAGUAAACAUUGCGCGACGCACACGGGCGAAAGGCCGCACGCGUGCGCGGAGUGCGGGAGGAGGUUCACGCAGCGCUACACUCUGGAGAUGCACUCGAGGACGCACACGGGCGAGAAGCCGCACCUGUGCAACGAGUGCGGGAAGGGGUUUUCCCAGCGAUCCACUCUGAAUAAACACUCCAUAACGCACACUGGUCCACUCCUCCCUUCUCGUCGAGCCGUUCCGGAGGAGAAGGGGGGGGGUGGUGGUGUUUUUUUUUGUUUGGCGGCCGGCGGGAAUUUCACCGAAGAUUCGCCGAGGAAGAUGGACCCGCGGACGGCAUUGCCAUUCAUCAAACAGGAGAACGAAGACGGCACGAACGCCGGGACGUGGCCGGACACGGCGGUGAAACACGAGGACGACGAUGCCGAUGAAGGACGUGCAACGGGAGCGUUUUGCACGGACUGCAGGAAGGACUUUGGCGGACGAUUAAGAAUGAAGGCAGAUAGAGUCAAACGACCCAGCCAGUCCCUGCGAGGCUGCAUGCAGUGCGGAAGGAAGCUCGAAGGCUCCGCGUUGCACAUUAACAAGAAGAAGGAUAAUCCCCCGGAAGAGAAUGUCUGCACAGGUGCGCCACGAGCGAAGGAUUCCGCAGCCGUGGAUCUGUCGGGAGGGCACGAGGAGACGGGCGCCACCGGCGAGAAGCCCCACGAAUGCAAGGAGUGCGGCAAGGGGUUUUCGCAGCGUUUUCACUUGGAGAGGCACUCCAGAAUGCACACAGGCGAGAAGCCGUACGUGUGCAUGGAGUGUGGGAAAGGGUUCACGCAACGCUCCAACCUGGAGACGCACGCCCGAAUGCACACGGGCGAGAAACCGCACGCGUGCGAGGAGUGCGGGAAGGGGUUUUCGAAGCGCUCCACGUUGGAGAAGCACUCUAAAACGCACACGGGCGAGAAGCCGCACGCGUGCAAGGAGUGCGGGAGGAGGUUCGCGCAGCGUUUCCACCUGGAGAGGCAUUCCGUUAAACACACCGGCGAGAGGCCGCACGUGUGCGUCGAGUGCGGGAAGUCGUUCACGCAGCGCUCCAACCUGGAGACGCAUUUCAGAACGCACACCGGUCAGAAGCCGCACGUGUGCGAGGAGUGUGGGAAGGGCUUCUCGCAUUCGUCCACGUUGAAGAAGCACUUGAGGACGCACACCGGCGAGAAGCCGCACGUGUGCCUCGAGUGCGGGAAGGGCUUCUCGCAGCGCUCUGCUUUAAACACGCACUCGAGGACGCACACCGGCGAGAAACCGUACAUGUGCGUCGAGUGCGGCAAGAGGUUCACGCAGCGGUGCAAUUUGGAGAUGCACUGCAGGACGCACACGGGCGAGAGGCCGCACAUGUGCACGGAGUGCGGCAAGAGGUUCACAGCGCGCACCGAUUUAACCAAGCAUUGUAGAACGCACACCGGUGAGAAGCCGCACAUAUGCAAAGAGUGUGGGAAGGGCUUUUUAAAGCGGUCCACUUUAGAGACGCAUUCGAGAACGCACACGGGCGAGAAGCCGUACAUGUGCAUGGAGUGCGGGAAGAGGUUCACGCAGCGCUACAACCUGGAGAUGCACUCCAGGACGCACACGGGCGAGAAGCCAUACCUGUGCAAAGAGUGCGGCAAGGGGUUCUCGCAGCGGUCCACUUUGGACACACAUUCUAGGACGCACACCGGCGAGAAGCCGUACAUGUGCGUGGAGUGCGGGAAGAGGUUCACGCAGCGCUACAAUUUGGAGAUGCAUUCCAGGACGCACACGGGCGAGAAGCCGCACGUGUGCGAGGAGUGCGGCAAGGGCUUCUCGCAGCGCUCGACCUUAGAGACGCACUCUCGGACGCACACGGGCGAGAAGCCGUACAUGUGCGUGGAGUGCGGCAAGAGGUUCACGCAGCGCUACAAUUUGGAGAUGCACUCGAGGACGCACACGGGCGAGAAGCCGCACGUGUGCAAGGAGUGCGGCAAGGGCUUCUCGCAGCGCUCCACUUUGGAGAAGCAUUUUAUAACGCACACCGGCGAGAGGCCGUACAUGUGCGUGGACUGCGGGAAGAGGUUCACAACACGUACUUAUUUAAAUAAGCAUUUGGUCAUACACACCGGUGAAAAUCCACCCAUCUGAAUGGUGGAUUGUUUGGCAGCAGGUUCAACACUGCGUAGCAAUUUUAGAUUCACGUAGUAGAACACACUGGAGAGUAUGAAGCCACACACAUGUUCACAAAAGAGUGCUUGGGCUGAAUUGUUCACGGUGCCAUAGUGUGGAGACACUGUUUGGAUAGUCACAGCUGCCCCUUUCCAAGGAUUGUGGGACGGGGUAUUUAUUCGUAACAAUAUUUAUAAAGAGUCACCUUCGAGCUCGCACUGAGUGGAAACCUUCAAUUGAAGUGUUUCGCCCUUGGGAUGCUUUUCAUCGUAUUUUUCCCCAUCACACGGUGGCGGUGAUCCUGUGUAACUAAAACCAUAUUAACAAUAGUAGUUGUAGAAUAUUGAUGGUUUGCCCCUCCCUGUAUAAAACCAUACCGGCCUCCUAGAUCUGCGAUGAGGUGUUCGGAGUCGAUAGUGGCACACGGAUGUGGGGUUGCGAACUGGGGUUGCAAAAGAGAUGAGCUAAAAUUUGUGGACACCGUUCUGGGAAAAGAUGUCACGCUCAAUACACAAGAGGGGAAAUGUGACCCUCGUACUGACUAACUCCAACGGGCCUGCAUCAAUCACAAUCGCCAUGCUUAUUGACGACGACUGAAAAGAGACCUAGCCCCCUCCUCCUUCCUAUCGCGCAUCGAAUGUAAAUUUCCAGAGAGACGCUUGUGCGACGAGAGCUGAGAGAAUGGCACUGUUUGUAAAAUCAGACCCUGCCCAUCACAGAGGACGACCAACUGAACUGAACUCUUAAGUCUUGGAGAGACACAGACGCGAAGACACACGGAGGGCGGAGAGGAGGCCAGAGCUGUUUAAAACUUUUUUUUACUUGUUACCAUGUAAAGUCCCACUGAGCUAUGCAGUUCUUUGUUCAGAAGCGACAUGGGCAAAAAAAAUAUUACUCAACGAAGCGGCUGAUCACGUGGAAAUUUGUCGG